AUGAAAAGUUAAAUUUUAAGUACUUAAACUAAAAAGCAUUAAAAAUUAAGAUAUGAAUAAAAUAAAAACAAUAGAACUAAAUUUUAUGAAUUUAAUUGCUUUGACGAUAAAGACCUUAACGUCCCAGUUUUUUUCUAAUAAAAAGUGCAGUAAAUUAGUGUUGAUGAUGAUUGUGAAACCGAUGAUGAAACAAGGGACCAUUAUGUAAAAAUGUGCUUUAUUGACCUUGUUUUAGGAAUCUAAGAAUAAUAUGAAGAAGAUAAAUAAAAAGAUGUUGAAGAAUAUUUAAAAUAUUUUCCAGAGGCUAGGGAUGUUUGUGAAUUUUGA